GAUGUGCUCUGGGGUCGUAACAGAUUGGUGGAUCUCCUUGAGGCAGUCCCUUUUGGUGGUCUGGAGACGUCAGAGGAGCUGUGUGAGAGGGAACGUGACCUUUACUCACUUGGGUUUGAGGGCCCGGGUCAGGACGGACCCUCUCGGGCGACCUGCUCUCAGUCUCUGGAAUCUGAGCCUCCUGGGAGGCUUUUGCUUUAUGUUGGAAGCCGCGUUUGCCCGUAGGGAACAGUUGGAAUAUGCGGGGUUGGGCUUAACCGGCGCAGAUCCCAAUCCAGGUAUAUGAGAUUCGAGACGCAAGCGAUCUGAUCUUGGCUGCAGCAGAGAAGGAUUAUGUUUUGAAAGGUGGCAGCAUUAGCAGGCCAGCGGCAGGAAUUGCAGAGAAGCAGAGAGGUCUUCAAGUGCAUGGUGUGCUUGGGCUAUGGGGCGUGGAGUGCUGGACCUACCAACACCCACGGUGCAUAUGGAACUGGUGUGGCCAGUUGGCAAGGUUAUGAAAACUACAAUUAUUAUGGUGCCCAGAACACCAGCGUCACCACAGGAGCAACCUACAGCUAUGGCCCAGCUUCAUGGGAGGCCACCAAGGCCAGUGAUGGCUUGGCACCUGGGGGCCCUGCCAUGCAUAUGGCUUCUUAUGGCCCAGAACCCUGCACCGACAAUUCCGACUCCCUCAUUGCCAAGAUCAACCAGCGUCUGGACAUGAUGUCCAAGGAAGGAGGCAGGGGCGGGAGCAGCGGCGGUGGGGAGGGCAUGCAGGACCGGGAGAGCUCCUUCCGCUUCCAGUCGUUUGAGUCCUAUGAUUCCAGGCCUUGCCUGCCUGAGCACAAUCCCUACCGCCCCAGCUACAGCUACGACUAUGAUUUUGACCUGGGGCCCGACCGCAAUGGUGGCUUUGGUGGUCAGUACAGUGACUGCCGGGACCCAGCCCGUGAGCGGGGCUCCCUCGAUGAUUUCAUGCGGGGCCGAGGCCAGGGCCGCUUCCAGGACCGGAGCAACCCCAGCACCUUUAUGCGCAGCGAUCCCUUCAUGCCACCUGGAGCCUCCUCUGAGCCUCUUUCUGCUCCAUGGACUGAGAUGAAUUAUGUGGGUGGGCGGGGCCUGGGAGGCCCCCCCGCCAGCAGACCUCCGCCUUCCCUCUUCUCCCAGUCCAUGGCCCCUGACUUUGGCAUGAUGGGCAUGCAGGGGGCAGGUGGUUAUGACAACUCUAUGCCCUAUGGAUGUGGCCGGUCACAGACCCGGAUGAGAGAUCGGCCUAGGCGGAGAGAGUUUGAUCGCUGCGGCCCAGAUAGCUUGGGCAGGAAACGGAAGCAGUUGCAGAUUUACGAUGAGCCAGACACCAAGCAAGCCCGGGCCGACAGUGAAGGAGAUUUUUCUGAAAACGAUGAUGGAGCUGGUGACUUCCGGUCAGGAGAUGAAGAAUUCAGGGGUGAGGAUGAGUUCUUCGACUCCGGGAGGCAGAGAGGAGAGAAGGAUGAUGAGGACGAUGAAGUGAAGAAGAGGAGGGAAAAACAACGGAGGAGAGACAGGAUGCGAGACAGAGCAGCUGACAGGAUUCAGUUUGCCUGUUCUGUGUGCAAGUUUCGUAGCUUUGAAGAUGAAGAAAUCCAGAAGCAUCUGCAAAGCAAAUUUCACAAAGAGACACUGCGAUUUAUAAGUACCAAAUUGCCCGACAAGACGGUGGAGUUCCUCCAGGAAUACAUUGUAAACAGGAAUAAGAAGAUUGAGAAGCGGCGUCAGGAGUUGAUGGAGAAGGAAAGCACAAAACCAAAACCAGAUCCUUUCAAAGGGAUUGGCCAGGAGCACUUCUUCAAGAAAAUAGAGGCUGCUCACUGCCUGGCUUGUGACAUGCUGAUCCCUGCGCAGCCCCAGCUUCUCCAGCGACACCUGCACUCUGUCGACCACAAUCACAACCGCCGGUUGGCUGCUGAACAAUUCAAGAAAACAAGUCUCCACGUGGCUAAGAGUGUUUUGAACAACAGACAUAUAGUGAAGAUGCUGGAAAAAUACCUCAAGGGUGAAGACCCUUUCACCAGUGAAGCCGCUGAUCCAGAAAUAGAAGGAGAUGACAAUUUAGGAGGGGGUGAGGUUAAGGAAGAGACACCUGAGGAGGUAGCUGCUGAGGUCUUAGCUGAGGUGAUUACGGCAGCAGUGAGGGCAGUAGAUGGGGAAGGAGCACCUGCUCCAGAAAGUAGUGAAAUGCUGGCCAAAGGGGAAGGCCCUGUGGACACAGCUGAGGCCACUAGUGGUCCCCAUCCUGAAGAGCUGCUGGAAGUGGAGACAUCCUGUGGAAUGGCACCUGAGAAGGGCAGCAGUGAAGCAGAGGCUGGAGGUGAAGCUGCUGAGGCUGGAGGUGAAGUAGAAACCCUAGCAGCAGAGUCGGAAAGCACCUUGACAGUCAGUGCUCCUGACCCAGUUGCUGCGGGAGCUGAAGUGGAACAAACUGAGGCAGAGUCCAAAACUGCUAUUCCCACAGAAUGAUCCUCCUUUCCCUGUUUCAAGGGAUAUGUUAUAUAAUGCCUUGUUCUUUCUCCUUUGAUUUAUAAGCAGUACUAGGGUAUGUGAUACUGGAAUAUUAUUUUGGUGAAGAGACCUCAGCCAUUUCCUUCAGAAAAGUGUACCUCACAGGCUUGUCUUACAGAGUUGUGUGGUUUUCUGCCUUGAUUUGAAGGCUGCUGAAGUUGUACAUUCCCCCAAGUGGCUGUGACAUCUCUCUUUACACUGUAGUUGGAAUAAUAAAAGUUGGAUAAUUAGAUUUUGGUGAUACUUUGCUUGUUAAAUACAGCCACUGGCUGAAUGCACCACCACCAACCCCUUUAUUAUUUUUUCAUCUAGGAGCAGUUCAGUACUAGGAUGUAUCAAAGGAUUUCUUUUCUUUUUUUUCAAAGUUUAAAGAAUUUGCUUUGGCUUCAGUUUUUGAUCUCUGCUUUUGUGGUACACUGUAUGGUAUGUGGUCCUCCUUCACAAGGUAUAGCAGAAUUUUAAUGUGUGAUGUUGAUUCUGUCACAUCAGUGAACUCGCAAAGGCCUGAUCAAUCUGACAUACCUGCACCAUUGGAAGCAUACCUACUUACCCCUCAAGAAUGAGAACAUUUUGCCUAGGGCAUUGUUUCCCAAUCUUUAGUCCUUGGUGAAUCACCUUUACAAUGUUUUACCUCAUUUGUGUUCCACCUCUGCAUUACUUCAGGGUUUUUUUGGUUUUUUCUUUAAAUUGAGUUACUUAACUAUAUUUAAAAGGAAAAUUUGAUGUCUUGUGAAUGGAAAACCAAUAUAAAUUGCCAUAGAUAGAUACUAUCUGUGGAAAAUCAAUAAACAUUUUAUUUUAGAUAAAUACUAUUCCUUUGGAAGUUUCUGAACCUGUAAGAAAGAAAAGCUAGCAUGUGUUAAAAAGGGGUAGUAAGCAACAGUUAAACUUUCUUAUAAUCAGAAGAAUUGGAAGAUACCUCCCUUUUGAAGUGAUACUGCUGAGUCUUUUCCUAUAAACCUUAGAACUGUCACAUUUGGGGAAGCAUUGGCCACUGGGAAAUUAAGAGAGAAGUAGUAAAAUACUUGAUGAGCAUCUGUUGUGUACCAGGUGCUAAUUCAUGCUAAAAAUUAGAUAUGGGCACUGCUCUCAAGGAUCCUUAUUGGAGAUAUGAAAUGAAUAUUUAUGGAAAAGUCAAUGUCAGAACUAAAUACAAAUAAACUGCUUAGUAAG